GUCGAGGAUUCUUCGCAUUGUGAAUGAAAGUGAAACAAGUUAGAGAUCAUUAAUCACUAAUCUAGCUAGCGGCUAGUGGAUAGAGGGAAUCAAUCAUACCUACGUGAGUUCCCACCAUUUAAUUAGAUUAAGUUUAACUGUAGUUUGCUAGAGUAGUUUUAGUUCUUCCUUCUUAAUAUGGUUUGCUAGAUAAUGAACCGAAGCUGAGUAAUACUAACUUUAGAGACCUGUGGAUUCGAUAUGUAUCACGUGAGCCACUAUACUACACUACCCUUCAUUGGUUACACUUAUUGUUAGGAGUUAUUUUUUAGCGAGUCAAGUUCUUGGCGCCGUUGCCGGAGACUUUCUAGAUUAUUAGGAAAGGCCUAGGUUUGUUAUUUUAGCGUUUUUCUUUUCUUUACCACCCUUUCUUUUCACUUGGGUGUUUUGUUUUUGUUGGUGCAAAUCUGAAUCAUGGAUCCUCAUGGAUUCUCCAACCAUUGGAGGUAUCCUCCACCACUCGAGUGGUAUUACCCUGAGAUUUCCUGGAGCAAUCAAGGAGGAGAAGACUAUGGAUUCGUGUUUCAGUAUCAAGAAGAAUUCCUCUCAUAACUAGUAGGGCCAUCGGAGCUAGAGUUAGCCAUGGCGGCCUUCACAGGCCAUUCUGCAGAGCCAUGCUACUCUCCACGGGCAGAUCCAAACUAUCAAUUGAGGCUUCUCGUGGAGCAGUUUGUUUGGGACACCGAGAGAUCCUUCCCCAACAUGGAACUUAUAAUCAAAUCAAUUUCUCCUCCUGUUGUUCCUUGUGACCCUUCCUUUCUCCAUGAAAUGGAAGAUACUGUUCAACAGUCAGCAAUGCAAUCAGAGUGGGUUGAGCAAGUUUGUGCACAGCUUGCUCAAGAUUACAUUUCUGCUACCAUAGAAGAAGAGGAGGAGGAUGAAUGAGGCUACCAAGACAAUAUGGAGCAUACAUAAGUUGUCAUAGAGAGCUCCCAUGAUGAUCAUGACCAAGAAUGUCCUAUUGUAGCCUACCACACCUUCCCACAUCCCAUAACGAGCUUUGAAGAGGCAGACAUGAGUGAGGAGUUGCAAGAUGAUCUCAUCAAAAAAAUUGCUUGGCGACUUGCUCUCCAAUCCGUGCUAGAAUUCCUGUUUUGUUAGGAGGCUUUGAUAAGCUGGAUUCCUUGGUCAAUUGAGUCACCUACCUAGGGAAAAUUAGGGCAAACCUCAAUCUUUGAUUUAGCACUUUAACUUGGGUGUUACUUUGCCGUCCGGAUUAAGCUCCGAGGGAUUGGUUCUUGCAACCCUUAGUUUUAUCGGUUAAGAGAGCUAAGACUCUUGGCUUAUUGUUGCAAUCCUUAUCCGAAAGGUGAAGGGAGCUAGACUCCCUAGUUUAUUGUAGCAAUCCUUAAUCCAUUGAGAGAGAGCUAAGGUUACUAGCUUAAUUUUUUUCCUUAACCGAUUAAUUAAGAGAGUGAGGUUUCCUUCACUUGUUGCGCCUUCCUACGGUGUAUUAACACACAUCCACACAUUUGCAUUUAAUUUGGGUGAUCUUGAUAUGUGGCUAGGGAGAUCAAUACUCGGGUGAACUCUUCUCUCAUUGGGACAACCUUGAUUUACUUUACUUGCUUGUUUUCAUCUUUAGUUUUGUUAGUUUUAAACCCAAAAACGUUUGCUAGAUAACAAACUAAGUGAUUGAAGUAGGGGUACUUGGGCCGGCCUGGUUUGACAAUUAAAACAUACUUGUCUUAUACUGCACCCGACUAGAGUUUAUGCUUGGGCUCUAGUUGGGAUUUUAAUCGCGGUGUAUCCGUGGCGAGUCAAUGGUGGUGGCAAUUUUUCGGUUGGAUGAGAAAAAACGGAGCUACGGGUGAAAGGAGACAAAAUUCGCGAUUUUCCUACGAGAUCCAGUUUUUUUCGGUGAACACAGUGUUCCCGGUCGAGUAGAAUGAGGUGUCUGCCUUUUAUAGGGGAGGGGGAAAACCCCAGAAUCAAUUACCAGGUGGGGAUUUGAGGCCGGAACCCGGGGAGAACUCAUAAAACCAGUUCACUAGGGGGAAAGAUCCUGGGACGGGGAUUUAAAAAAUAACCCUGGGGAUUAAGGCAUGGACUAUCCCCUAGUAAGGGCCAAAUUCCCCAGGCGACGAUUUUAGGUCUAGCCCCGGGGAUUAAGGCAAGGACUAUCCCCGGGGUAAGGAAAAAAUUCCCCGAGCGAGGAUUUUAGGUCAAGACCCCGGGAUUCAGGCAGGAGCUAUCCUCGAGUUGACCGAUGAAUUACCCGACAAGGGAUAGAGUCUUUGGGCGGGUAAUCCUAGAUUAACCACGAAAUGACUUGAAACCAAAACCGACUGAACAAAAAUGACUCACUUGACUACGUAAUGACGCAAAAUGAGGAAAAAGGGAAAAAAAUAAAAAUGUGGUGGGGUUGCCUCCCACAAGUGCUUCUUUAUCGUCGUUUAGUUGGACGUAGAUGGCGGAACUAUGGUCCGCAAGAUCAAUCAUCAGGCGAUGCCCAUUCACCUUGAAGGGCUUAGUCUACAGAUUGGCAAUCGCGAUGGUUUUAAAUGGAAACGCUCGGGUGACCGUGAAUGGUCCUGACCAUCGAGAACACAACUUUCCCAGAAAGAGUUUCAGGCGAGAGUUGUAUGGGAGAACGCGAUCGCCCACCUAAAACUCUUUGGGCCCUUUUAACGAGCGUCGAGGAGACGCUUGGUCCCCAUCUUAUACAACCGUGUGUUCUCAUAGGCAUGAUAAAGCCACUCUUCAAACUGCACCAAUUGCAUUUUUCUUUUGGUACCUGCAAGACUCAGAUAAAGGUUUAACAACUUA